UUCACUCCUCACAAUCCGCAGGCACUCCUCCUUCCUUCCCGUCCUCUUCUUCCCACCCCCGACUUAGUCAGCUUUUCCUUCGGCGUUUAAUAAACAAUGGCAGAUGCUGAGGAUAUUCAGCCUCUUGUUUGCGAUAAUGGGACGGGUAUGGUCAAGGCCGGAUUUGCCGGAGACGAUGCUCCGAGGGCAGUAUUUCCUAGCAUUGUGGGUCGCCCUCGUCACACUGGUGUGAUGGUUGGUAUGGGACAAAAGGAUGCCUAUGUUGGCGAUGAAGCUCAAUCAAAGAGAGGUAUUUUGACUCUGAAAUACCCGAUCGAGCAUGGCAUUGUUAGCAACUGGGACGAUAUGGAGAAGAUCUGGCAUCACACUUUCUACAACGAGCUCCGUGUAGCUCCGGAAGAGCAUCCCGUCCUCCUGACAGAAGCUCCUCUCAACCCAAAGGCUAACCGUGAGAAGAUGACUCAGAUUAUGUUCGAGACCUUUAAUACUCCCGCAAUGUAUGUCGCCAUUCAGGCCGUCCUUUCCCUUUAUGCUAGUGGCCGCACAACUGGUAUUGUUCUGGACUCUGGAGAUGGUGUCAGCCACACAGUUCCCAUCUACGAAGGUUAUGCCCUCCCACACGCAAUCCUCCGUUUGGAUCUUGCAGGGCGUGAUCUCACAGAUGCCCUCAUGAAAAUCUUGACUGAGCGCGGAUACUCUUUCACCACAACUGCUGAGCGUGAAAUUGUGAGAGAUGUGAAAGAAAAGCUGGCCUACAUUGCUCUUGAUUAUGAGCAGGAGCUUGAAACUGCAAAGACUAGUUCAGCUGUCGAGAAAAGCUACGAGCUACCUGAUGGUCAGGUGAUCACAAUAGGUGCUGAGAGAUUCCGCUGCCCUGAAGUACUCUUCCAGCCAUCCAUGAUCGGGAUGGAAGCUGCUGGCAUACACGAAACAACAUAUAACUCAAUCAUGAAGUGUGAUGUUGAUAUCAGGAAGGAUCUCUAUGGUAACAUUGUCUUGAGUGGUGGUUCCACGAUGUUCCCUGGCAUUGCUGAUAGAAUGAGCAAGGAGAUUACAGCAUUGGCACCCAGCAGCAUGAAAAUUAAAGUGGUGGCACCACCUGAGAGGAAGUACAGUGUCUGGAUUGGAGGCUCCAUUUUGGCAUCUCUUAGCACAUUCCAACAGAUGUGGAUUGCCAAGGCAGAGUAUGAUGAAUCUGGUCCCUCGAUCGUUCACAGGAAAUGCUUCUAAUUAUGGAAAGCAAGAGGUGGAUCAGAAAAUUGCUACAUAUAUUUCAUCCUACAGAAUUAUGUCCAUGCUUGGGGAACUUCCAUUUCCUAUUCUUUACCAUUUUUUUUCAUCGUGUUUCUUUUACGUUUUCUUUCCUUUAUAUUUUGGGAUAAGAGAAUGAAAGCAAGCAAUUCUUUUUCCUUGUUAUUUUGUUGUGUAGAGUUGUGAAUUAUUACUGAUUUGGUUUGGUUGAACCAGCAAUUCUUUGCUUUAAGUUAUUCUGGUUAUCAUGUUCUCGAAAGAAUGAUCUGAGAUUGUCUGAAACAGAGAGUCGUGCUUAUCUCUGCCCUGAUGAUUAA